AUGGUGAAGUCGAAGAAGAUCGUUACCACCAAUCCCACCAAGAAGGGAGGCAAGAAGCAGGCAGAUAAGACGCCCCUAGGGUUAAUCCCCGUUGGGAGCAAGAAAAUCGUACAAGAAUUUGAAGCCAUUCGCCCUCACAUCGCACAAAUUGUUGUACUGCGCCGGUGGGGCUUGUCCGGAGAAGGCGUAGCAGCUAGCUGGGUAGGUCGUCGGAUCCAGCCGCUGCAACAAAGAAUCAACUACUGGUUCGAGUACUCUAGACCAGAGGACCCGGCCCGCAUAACCAAGGAACAAAUGUCUGACGCCGAGUUGCUAGACCGGCUUCAGCAUAUGUUUGCUCAGCUGAUAGUAUUACCCACCCCUCAGGACGAGUACCAUGCCAAGCGUCCUCCUCCAGAUCAUCUUGGGAGGAAUUUCAUGGAUCUCCUGCCACUACCACCACCACCACCGACUGGAGGUGCAGGCCCCAGUGCCCAUAGCAGCGCCGUGCCAUUGCCUAACAGGGGGGAGGAAGAGUGGGAUGACUCUGAGGCCACCCUGACUGAUUACCUGCUCCGUUGGAGGCAGACUACUGAAGGCGGAGCGAAGCGAGCAUGUAGUCCGAGUGUGGACUCAGAGGGCACCACAACUCUACAGAGGAGACCGCGAGUGGCGGCUCGCAAACAGAGGGAGAGUCUGAACAAAGAGCGUCUUGCUCAACAACAUGGAAACCCGGAGCCGACACCGAGUAACCCUACUGCCGAGGCCACCCCGAAUGUUGAGAAUCAGAGUAGCACUGUUGCUAUUGGGGUACUGGCUACCCGGACAGAGCAAGCGAGUAGCACUCAGCAGCCCAUGGAGUCGUAUGCUCCUCACCUAGCUCAAGCCAGGGAAGUGUGGAGCAUGGCUACCGAAAAGGCUGCUGAGUUUGACUCCAUCUUCAAGGCCAUGAAGACUACUCAAGAAGUUAUUACUCGGGCCAAAGCUUUCAACGAGAAGCUGCAAGCCCUGCGCAUGGUGGUGACCCCAGUGCUACAAUUCUUUAAUGAAGAUGGAGAUGAAGCCCAAACGAUGGUGGAGCUUGUUGGGAGGGUUCCAGACCGAGCCAACGCAUAUGCCAAGUCGUUAGCGAAAGAUGGGAUUCUUCGCGCGCUCGCUGCCAUCCAGUUGGCCGUUCCCAGAAUAGACUUUGGCACCCCUCGGGGAGUUCCGGGUCUCAGAAUAUUCCAUAGAGGUGCUCGCCAAAGCUGA